CUUAACCUGAGAUCUCAGAGGUUCCGCUGCAGAUGUCCAACAAUUUGUGUGUGUGCUUGGAGUUUAUUCAAGCUUUUAUGAAAGGAAACAGUCCAGUCAGAAGUCCUUAUUACAGUUAGAGUAAAACUAAAGAAAGGUCCAUUCAAAAUGGAAUUACCGGUUCUGGUUUUAGCGGCGGUCCUGUCGUUUGCCUCCAGCAAUAAACUGAACGUGCCGCGUCUUCGCCUGUCUUACAAAGAUCUGCUGGCCACAAACCGUACCUCUAUCUUCAGUGGUUUCCAUGGCAAUCUGCACUUGUCGGCAAUUUUUUUGGAUGAAUAUCACGACAGGCUUUUCCUGGGAGGGAAAGAUGUUUUGUACUCACUGAGACUAGAUAACAAGCAUGAUGCUAAAGAGAUUCAUUGGCCUUCAUUGCCUGGUAACCGUGAGGACUGUAUUCUAAAAGGAAAGGAUCCUGAGACGGAGUGUGCUAACUUUGUACGGUUGCUGCAGCCGUUUAACCGCACUCAUCUACUGGCCUGUGGAACAGGAGCAUUCCAACCUGUUUGUGCAUAUGUAUAUAUUGGACACCGCACAGAGCAUGUGUUCAUUUUGGAUCGUACCACAGUGCAGAAUGGGAGGGGCAAAUGUCCCCAUGACCCCAAACUACCCUUUGCAAGCACCUUCACAGGGGGAGAACUGUACACAGGUCUGACUGCAGAUUUUCUGGGCAGAGACUCAGUGAUUUUGAGGAGUUUAGGGUCUCGUUCACCCAUGCGAACAGAGACAGAUCAGAGGAUAUUACAUGAUCCCAGGUUUGUUGCAGCCCACCUCAUUCCUGACAGCGCAGACAGAGAUGAUGAUAAAAUGUAUUUCUUCUUCACCGAAAGAGCAACUGAGACCGCAGAGAGAGACGAUGAAGGAGCCAUACACACACGCAUUGGACGAGUGUGCGCUAAUGACGUGGGUGGGCAGAGGGUUCUGGUGAAUAAGUGGAGCACAUUUAUUAAAGCCCGACUGGUGUGUUCUGUUCCUGGACCUCACGGCAUCCAAACACACUUUCAUCAGCUGGAGAAUGUGUUCAUGUUAAGAACUAAAGAUGAAACUAAUCCAGAGAUCUAUGCAAUAUUCAGCACCAUCAGUAAUGUGUUUCAGGGCUAUGCAGUGUGUGUGUAUAGUAUGACUGAUAUCCGUGAGGCCUUUAACGGGCCGUUUGCUCAUAAAGAGGGUCCUGACUAUCAGUGGGGACCUUAUGAAGGACGAGUCCCUUAUCCACGGCCAGGAGUGUGCCCCAGUAAGAUCACAGCCCAGCCUGGCCAUGCAUUUCGUAGCACACUGGAAUUUCCAGACACAGUGCUACAGUUCGCAAGAACACACCCACUUAUGUGGCGCCCUAUUUACCCCUCACAGCGGCAACCUCUGCUGCUCCGCACCGGUGCCCAAUAUAGACUCACACACAUAACUGUAGACCGCACUCAGGCUGAGGAUGGAUACUAUGAUGUCAUGUUCAUUGGCACUGAUAUCGGGACUGUACUGAAGGUUAUCGUACUAGGAAACGGUAACUCACUCACCACUGAAGAGAUCACACUAGAGGAACUGCAAAUGUUUAAGGUACCUACUCCCAUAACCUCAAUGGACAUAUGUGUGAAGAGGCAAACUCUAUUUGUGGGCUCACAGACAGGUGUUGUCCAGGUGCCUCUGCACCGCUGCAGUAUGUACGGUAAAGCGUGUGCUGAGUGCUGCCUGGCUAGAGAUCCAUACUGUGCCUGGGAUGGACACGUAUGCACACACUUCCUGCCAAACACAAAACGCCGCUACCGGAGACAAGACAUUAAACAUGCAAACCCGGCGGUGCAAUGCAUGGACCAAAACCUCAGUGUGGAGGACCUGGAUUUGACAGAAGACCAGGUAGUGUAUGGCACUGAGAACAACAGCACCUUCCUGGAGUGUGUCCCCCGAUCGCCACAGGCCACCGUCACCUGGCAUAUUCAGAGAGAUGACUACUUACAGGAGGUGGUAUUAGAUGAACGUAUCAUUAAGACAGAUGGUGGUUUGUUAUUCCGUCGCGUGCUACGUCAGGAUGAAGGUAUCUACGUGUGUCGCUCUUGGGAACAUGGAUUUACACAAACCCUCUCUCGCUUCUGGUUGGACAUCUUACAUGCCGACACCCUUUCAGACCUCCUAUCACGUGAUAGCAAAUAUAAGGUGUGGUCGCCGUGCCCUGCCCACAUAAGCCCGGCCAAUCGUAGCCCAGCAAGGGCAUGGUUUAAGGACGUCUUGCAGCUGAUUGGUCCUUCAAACCUUCCGCAGGUUGAGCAGUACUGCGAGCGUGUUUGGUGCAAUGAGAAGCUUAGAAGGAAACAUAAAAGCAUGAUUGACAAAUAUCGGCAAGCACAGGACUCCGCGCGGAGAGCACGGAUUCAAAAGAGCACGGGAGAGCGAAUCCGCUCACCAAGGGAUCUCCACACUGCUGAGUAAAAUGCACACAUCAAGCAGGAUGAGAAAUAAGGACUUCCUAUGGAAAAUUGACUUUUAGAUCGCAGUAUAUAACAAACUCUGCCCAUGCUCUUACACUACACACUCUGUGGUGAUAUAAAAUAUUGUAGGUGUUGUGUGUCUAAUGGUGCAAAUGUUCUGUUCUUGUUAAGGCCUAUUCGCACUAAAUGCAAAACAAAAAUGCUGAAUGAUUCACAGACGAACGGUCUAGUCACAGCUAGACUGAGACAGAUAUUCUUGCUUUUCAUUUUCUGAAAUAAAACCAAGAUGAAGCGUUUAACAAAAGUAAUCUGCAAACAUGUAUUAAUAAGGACAUUCUUCAAUGUCUCUUUAUUCCUGUGACCAUGGCAGCAAGCCCCCCAUCACCCCACAGUACACCGUGGCUAAUGUCUCACUUAAGUAUUUAACAGCUGCAAAACCUAUUUACUGGAACAAGUAAGUGUAGACAGGAUGGAACUGGUUGUCUUGUAAUUUACACUUGAUUGGAGAGUUGCCACUGAUGUACUGCAGGUGCCAAAAAACAUAAAUUUAUUUAAGAUAUGUCUGACCAUGUUACAACUGGGCACAAUGCUCAAACAGAGACUUUAACUCAAGUGGCAGAGCUCAGCAAAGCUUAGCUUGCCAGUGCAUUAAGCUGUAAAGAAAUGCAAUUUUGGACUAAUUAAAGCAUUUUUUUUCUGGUUGCUAAAUCGUAGGUUGACGACUGUUGAGACUUUAACAGAAAUGUAAACCUUUUAUUCUCUCUCAAACACUACAUCAUGAGCUACAGAACUGUACAUGCUCAGUUUCUUCUUUUUUACAAUGUAUUUUUUUAACCAUAUUUAAAGCUUUAUAUAAAGCCCAUCAAAAUUGACUAGGAUUUGCCAUAGACUGUUCAUUGAUCCUAAAGAUGCAUGUGCUCGGAGGCUUCAGAAGCCUUAAUGUAAAUAUAUACCUCUUUUUCCUUUCUAUUCACUCUCUGUUCUCCAGUUUGCUUUUAAACUGUUUCUUUUAUAUUUAGACUAAACUCCUGCAUCACUUGAACUAGGUUUAUUUAUUUAUAGUCAAAAAGGUCUGGAAAACUAAAAUGACUGCUUUUCUCUAAAAAUAUUUCUGUUCCUAAAAAUCUCUCAGAUCAAGCUCCCAAACUUUCCAUCUCUUUUCAGAACUUCAGGUAAAAACCAUCAUACCGCUGGACCAAAUCAAGCAAGCAAAUGAUCACUUAAAGCUGAAGUAUGUUAUUCCUGCAACACUGGUGCCACCGAACUGAAUUUUCUCCACACUCACGCCACUGGUUGAGUAAUGUUGUUGGGGUGGGUCCAAGCAGGUCGUUCAAAACAAACAGAGGAAAUUUCAUAGCGCCACAGAGACACGAUGUUUAAAGAUUUCAAGAAAAUUAACUUCUCAAUGGCUUACUUAUUAAACUGGAAUAGAAGAAAGUAUUUUAACACAAAGUUACAUACUUCAGCUUUAAUAUCAAUUUAUCUGUCCAGUGCCCUAACAGAUACGGCAGCAUCGAACAGUUGCACUGAAAAUGUGCUUAUUGUGAAAGGUUACAGUGGUAUUUAAACGCAAAAACUUUGGCAUUUAAAUGCAUUUUUGCCUUCAUGUGCCUUCGGCUCUUUAUUGUUAGUUUCAAAGAUAAUUUUAAUGACUGUGUAGAAUCAUUAACUGAAGUAAGCAUUUAAAAGUGCUGUACUUUUUAAUAACAUGAACAGCACAGUUUAAUUUGUCUUUUUUCAGUGUUCUUAAAUAACAUUACUAGUUUUUUCCCUGUUGAUAAAAUAUACACAGCAAGAAUGCAGUGUUUUUACCAGGUUGUGUGAUGUAUUUAUGUGUUAUUUAAAAGUGAUUCCUUGCAUGCAGAAAACUUUGACCUGUGUUUGGUUCAGUGAUACAUAAAUAAAAACAUUUCUC